AUGACAACAGAUUUAAUUAGUUAUUCUUUUCAAACAUGGUUCAGUGCAUUGCUUGGAGCGGCUGUUGUUGGCUGUAUUGGUCUUUUACCUAUUUUUAUUGUUCCUAAUGAACAAACUAAAAAAGAUAAACCUUAUUUGGAAUUAUUAUUAAGUGUAGCCGUAGGUAGUCAAUUAGCUGAUGUAUUUCUUCAUCUAUUACCUGAAGCAUUUGCUCAUCCACAUGCUUCUUCAGUGAAUAUUGGUCUUUGGACUUUAAUUGGUUUAUUUGUUUUUUUUCUUAUUGAACAAAUCUUUCCAGAAGAUGAAGAGGAUUCGUCUCAUGAAAAAUUAACACAAAAUCAAUCAUCAAUGAAUGAAAACAAAAUUGUAAUAUCAACAGAGCGAAAAAUCAAAACUACGGGUUAUUUAAAUUUAUUAGCUAAUUUUAUAGACAAUUUAACACACGGUGCAGCCAUAGGUGGAGGUUUUGCUAUAAGUCCAUUGGUAGGAAUGACAACACUUGCAGGAAUUGUCAUUCAUGAAAUUCCUCAUGAAAUGGGAGAUUUUGCUAUACUUUUACGAUCAGGUUUCAAUCGUUGGGAAGCUACAAAAGCUCAACUUGUUACUGGUUUAGGAGGAGUUUUAGGUGCUUCAAUUGCACUUUAUUAUUCUAGUUCAGUUCACAGUACUUUAUGGGUAUUACCCUUUACUAGUGGUGGUUUUCUUUAUGUAGCUCUUGUUAAAACAGUACCUGAUUUGUUAAAAGAAACCGAUUUAAUACAUUCAUUUCGACAAUUCAUCGGCGUUCUUGGAGGACUUUGUAUUAUAUACUUUGCUGUUCUCUAUAUAGGCUAA